CACCACCAGAGUUCCUUUGGCGGUAGGGCUCAGCAUGAAUGCUAGACCCUCCUACGAGGGGACUCUUAACGAGUCCCAGCUGUUUGAACAGCUUCCGAAUGAGAUUGCGGAACUCAUUCGCACAGCUUCCGGGACUCAGUACCUGAAUGCGCUUGCGGUUGGCGCGUUGAGGCCGAGAUGCACAGAAGGCUUCUUUUGCCUAUACGAACCGAUCUUUGUAGAUCUGGCAGCGCGAUGGCUCCUGUCAGAAUCUCAGGUCGAUCAGACCGAUAUUCUUUCCGCAUUUUCACGAAUCCUCCCGCUGGCACCAUACCUGCGAUCCUUUGCAAGCCAAUAUGCCAUGUCUCGGGCUGGACCUCUGUCGGCGUUGGCUGCGUCCGAUGAGCUAACACUUUCUCAAAUGAAUGAUGCCACCAUCCGAGCCCUUUUGCUAGCGAUUUUCAGACUUCUUUCAUACGAUACAGAGACCUUUUCGAAAGCUGUAUCGCCCUCACAACUCCAGUUCCUUUUCCGACACCGAGACCCAUCCGUGAGUUAUUUGGCGAUUCGAUGCUUUGGCAUGUACAUGAGCGCAGCAGAUGCUGCUACGGAGGAUAUAAUCAGGGCGAAAUUUGCAGACAACAUCAUCGAAGGGGACUGGGAAGGUAUUACAAUCGACUACCGCUGUCUCGGUUUGUGGGAGGAACGUCGGUGGAACACCUUGGAGAAGCAAGUCCAACUCGCAAGGUCUACUAGACCCGCCUCUGAAAGCUUGUCUCAAAUAGAGACGUUGAGGGAAUAUUUCACCGCUAGAACCGCCGAGGUCUGCGGUGUCCUUAUCCCCCGCCAGCAGGGUACAUCGCCUCCGCCGUCUUCCAUUGUAAGAACGCCCACUGCUGUGGGUAACUUGCGGAAGAUUGCGACAGCCUUGACUGCGCCUGAACCUAUACUGUUGAUUGGCUUGCCCAACUCCGGAAAGACCACCCUGAUAAAUGAUGUUGCAGCGACCAUGGGUCAGUCUGAAUCCAUGGUCACACUGCACCUGAACGAGCAGACUGAUGCGAAGAGCCUUCUUGGAAUGUACUCCACUUCCCCUGCCACAGGCUCUUUCUCUUGGCAGCCUGGUGUACUCACCAAGGCGGCAAGAGAAGGUCGUUGGAUCUUGAUCGAAGAUUUGGACCGCGCGCCCUCUGAAGUUAUUGGUCUCAUUCUGCCUAUCAUCGAGAGGGGCGAGUUAACCAUAGCUAGCAGGAGGGAGAGGAUCAAGUGUGCCGAAGGUUUCAAGAUCAUUGCGACGAUGAAGUCUUCUUACAACAUAUCAGGCGAAGAAAUCGCUCCAAGCACCAGCAUCCUAGGCAGCAGGUUGUGGCAGAGGGUACAGAUCGAUUCGCUCACGAUAGACGAGGUUCGUGAGGUGAUUACGCAGAAAUUCCCUCUGCUUGAAUCCCGGGUCCGGACAAUUAUGGACGUUUACCAGAGACUCUGUUCUUCCUUCCAUGGUAGCCUUGCGAUCAAGAGCUCCCAAGGGCGGACACCUGGUCUCCGUGAUCUUGUCAAAUUGUGUAGCCGAAUGCAUAGGCGACUGCAACGCCUCGGUGCAAAGACAGGCUAUGAAGCCACUCCGGAGGGUGCUGAGGAUGAAAAUUUCCUGGACUUUGUGGACGUCUUUCUAAAAUACAUCCCAGAGAAGAACAUGACAGACACCCUCGCUUCGGUUGUUGCCGAGGCGCUUCAGAUUUCACCGCAACGGGCACGAUUUUGUCUCCACGAGCGCACCCCCUCAUAUUCCGACCAGGGGAAUAGCAUAACGCUUGGGAGAGAAGUUUGUCGAAAGAUCAAAGUCCCAGGUGGUUCGGCAUCAAAAACCGCUGCUGCCUCAUCUCGAUUUGCUUCCACAAGGGCUGCUUUAGGACUCAUGGAACAAGUUGCCGCUGCCAUCCAAAUGGCAGAACCUGUUCUCCUUGUUGGAGAAACAGGUAUUGGUAAAACGACUGUGAUCCAGCAGCUGGCUACCCUGAUGCGUCAGAAGCUGACGGUUGUGAACCUGUCGCAGCAGAGUGAAAGCACCGACCUCUUGGGAGGAUUCAAACCCGUGAAUAUCCGAACCAUGGCUGUGCCUAUGCAUGAUGAAUUCGUGUCUUUGUUUGAACUGACCUUCUCUGCAAAGAAGAAUCAGAAGUUCCUUCAAUCUGUCGGCAAAAGCGUUGCUGCCGGGAAUUGGGUACGCCUGGUCAACUUGUGGCAUGAAGCCGUUCGCUUGGCUGAUGGCGUGUUCAAACCCGGCCACGGUUCAUCGCAGGGAGCAGAGGAACAACCAACAAAGAAGAGAAAACUGGAUUCGCCAAAGUAUCAGUUCUUGCGCCAGAGGUGGGAAAGAUUCGCAGCUCAGCUGAACGAUUUCGAGUCCCAAGUUUCUCAGGGUGAUGCCAAAUUCGCGUUUGCUUUCGUCCAAGGCAAGAUUGUCCGCGCCUUACGCAAUGGGGAAUGGGUUCUCCUUGAUGAAGUAAACUUGGCCUCGCCUGAUACGCUCGAGAAUAUCGCCAGUCUUCUGCAUCAUGGAAGCGAGGGAUCCCCGUCCGUGCUACUUUCUGAGGCCGGUGAUGUGGAGCGGGUGUUUGGACACCCCGAGUUCCGCAUUUUCGGUGCGAUGAACCCUGCAACAGACGCGGGAAAGAAGGACCUGCCACCUGGUCUCCGGUCUCGAUUCACUGAAUUCUAUGUCCAAUCGCCAGACAGUGAUCUAGAUGACUUGCUAUCGUUGAUUCAUAAGUACCUGGGUGACUUGGCUCUGACUGAUUCUCGAGCUGUGCCAGAUCUCGCGCAGCUGUACAUGGAGACCAAAAAGCUCAGCACCGAAAACAAACUCACUGAUGGUGCUGGGCAGCGUCCGCAUUUCAGCAUUAGAACCCUCGUUCGGGCCCUUGUCUAUGUUGCCGAUCACGCUCACAUUUAUGGCCUGCGUCGAGCCAUAUAUGAAGGAUUUUCAAUGAGCUUCUUGACCGUUCUCAGUCAAGCCUCAGAGAGGCUGUUGGCACCUCUCCUCGAGAGGCACAUAUUCAGCAACGUCAAGAAUGCCAGAGGACUUCUUAAUCAGACACCCAGACCACCGACUGAUGGUAACGAUUAUGUUCAGUUUAAACAUUAUUGGAUGCGUCGAGGCCACCUUACUCCCGAAGAGCAACCCCACUAUAUCAUUACGCCAUUCAUCGAGAAGAACUUGAAGAACUUGGUCAGAGCAAGCUCAACGCGUCGAUUUCCUGUAUUGUUGCAGGGUCCGACAUCUGCCGGAAAGACAAGUAUGAUCGAGUAUCUUGCAAAGGUGUCCGGGAAUAAGUUUGUUCGUAUCAAUAAUCAUGAGCAUACCGAUCUUCAAGAAUACCUGGGAACGUAUGUUUCUGGUGAUGAUGGCGCGCUGCGCUACCAAGAAGGUGUUCUAGUUGAGGCACUCAGGAACGGAUACUGGAUUGUGCUCGAUGAACUUAACCUAGCACCCUCCGACGUACUGGAAGCAAUGAAUCGGCUGCUCGAUGAUAACCGCGAGCUUUUCAUACCCGAGACGCAGGAAGUAGUGCGCCCGCAUCCCAACUUCAUGCUUUUUGCGACUCAAAACCCCGCUGGCCUUUACGGUGGCCGAAAGGUCUUGUCGCGUGCCUUCCGAAAUCGGUUCCUGGAGCUCCAUUUUGACGACAUACCGGAAAGUGAGCUAGAAUACAUUUUGAAAGAGCGUUCCCAAAUCGCCCCCUCUUUCUGCACCAGAAUCGUCUCCGUUUACCGGAAGUUGUCUCUGUUGCGUCAGGCAAACCGGCUGUUUGAACAGAAGAACAGCUUUGCUACUCUACGUGAUCUCUUCAGAUGGGCGCUGCGACGGGCAGAUGACCGUGAGCAACUGGCAAUUAAUGGAUUUAUGCUACUUGCGGAGCGAGUCCGAAAUCCGCAGGAAAGGGCUGCUGUCAAAGGUGUCAUUGAAGAAGUAAUGAGGGUCCGAAUCGAUGAAGAUGUCAUAUACAGCUCUUCCGAGAUGGAAAAACGUGCACCUUUACUUGCACAGCUAGCCCCAGGCAUUGUGUGGACAAAGGCAAUGAGGAGGCUCUUCGUACUCGUCUCCACUGCGCUCGAGAACAAUGAGCCUGUCUUGCUUGUUGGUGAAACUGGUUGCGGAAAAACCCAGUUAUGCCAGGCAGUCGCAGAAAUCUACAAGAAGCAGCUGCUGAUUGUCAAUGCACACGUAAAUCUCGAGACAGGGGAUCUUAUCGGAGCCCAACGGCCUGUAAGAAACAGAGCAGCCAUCGAGAGCCAGCUGCUGAGUGACUUGCAAGUUCUUUUCUCCGAAGAGCUCGCACAGUCAAGAUCACUCGAGGAACUGAAGCAAGCUUUUAGCGCUAUCAGUGCAGAUCAGCUUCAAUUACUUGAUGCUGAGCUAAUUUCGCGCAUCGAGAAGAACGUCGCUCGUUCGAACGCUUUGUUUGAAUGGUCUGACGGUAGUCUGAUCACCGCUAUGAAGACUGGCCAGUUCUUCCUUCUUGAUGAGAUAUCCCUGGCGGAUGAUUCCGUCUUGGAGAGGCUUAACAGUGUUCUAGAGCCUCACCGAUCUAUUUUACUUGCAGAAAAGGGCCCAAUUAAUUCCAUGGUUGUUGCCGACGAUGGUUUCCAGUUCCUUUCUACAAUGAAUCCUGGAGGUGAUUAUGGCAAACGCGAACUUUCAGCCGCCCUUAGAAACCGAAUGACCGAGAUCUGGGCGCCUCAAUUAUCUGAAGAUGAGGACAUCUUGCCGAUUCUUCAAAGGAAGCUCACUUUGGGCACGGAACACGUACCUAAAGGAAUGCUUCAGUUUGCCAAGUGGUUCAAAGAGGUGUUUCAAAAUUCCUCUACUUCAUCUCUGUCUCUGCGUGAUCUUCUUGCCUGGGUCGAAUUCGUCAAUAAGUGCCAAAGCUCGGAUCCUCUCUUCGCGAUAGUCCAGGGCGCUGCCAUGGUGUUCAUAGACACUUUGGGUGCGAAUCCUGCAGCAAUGCUGGCAACAGCACUGCAUAACCUUGAAGGAAACCGUCAAUUAUGCUUGGAUAAGAUGCAUGAGCUUUUCGAUGUUGAUGCCUCGGCAAUCUAUCUACAGAAAUCAAGUGUCGGCAUUGAAGGCUCCUCUCUACGGGUUGGCCCCUUCUGUCUUCCUAUGAACAGCAAUUCGAUGCCAGAUCCCGACUUUAUCAUGGAUGCACCUACCACCAUUGCCAACUCAGUGAGGAUUGCUCGAGGAUUGCAAUUACCUAAGCCCAUUCUUCUCGAGGGUAGCCCAGGUGUCGGUAAAACAACGCUUGUCACGGCGCUUGCCCGAGCUCUUGGAAAACCGCUCACUCGAAUCAACCUUUCGGAGCAGACAGACCUCACGGACCUGUUUGGUUCCGACGUCCCCGUGGAGGGCGGCGAUGUUGGACAGUUCGCUUGGCGAGACGCACCAUUCUUACAAGCAAUGCAGCGUGGUGACUGGGUUCUCUUGGAUGAGAUGAACCUUGCUUCUCAGUCCGUUCUUGAAGGUCUUAAUGCUUGCUUAGAUCACCGUCAAAUGGUAUAUGUUGCCGAGCUUGACCAAACCUUCAGGAGGCAUCCCGACUUUGUUCUCUUUGCUGCGCAAAACCCGCAUCAUCAAGGUGGCGGCCGAAAAGGUCUUCCUGCUUCUUUUGUGAACAGAUUCACUGUGGUCUAUGCCGACAGCUUUACAAAUACUGAUCUGAAGCGAAUCUGUGCGAAGCUUUUCCCGGGCAGCCCUGCUGAGCAAACUGAUGGACUAGUCGAGUUUGUAUCUCUUCUGAACAAGGCUAUUCAGGAAAGACGCCUGGGCGCUGUUGGUGGGCCUUGGGAAGUCAAUCUGCGAGAUAUCCAAAGGUGGCUCCAGUUAGCAGAUCGUGGAAGCUUGCAGAUCUCUACCCAGAGCUUCCUUGAAGUGAUCAUCUGUCAGAGAUUCAGGAGCGAAGAAGACCGACAGUUGGUCUCUACUCUGUACAAGCAAGUCUUUAGCGAUGCCUCGACACAUGCAAAGAGCUACUACCAUAACCUCACACCUGACUACAUGCAAGUCGGUCUCGGCAUUAUGCAGCGAGACUUGGUGUUGCAGGAGACAGCAAGCCCUCAAAUGAGGAUACUCCCUGGCGACCUUCCUAUCUUGGAAUCUCUUAUGCUCUGCAUAGAGCAGUCUUGGCCUAGUAUCUUGGUCGGUCCAUCUGGAUGUGGCAAGACAACUCUUAUCAGAAAGCUGGCUGCUCUGAAUGGUGCUAGUCUAGUCGAACUGGCAUUGAGCGCCGAUACGGAUACGAUGGACUUGAUUGGUGGGUUUGAGCAAAUCGACUACAGAAGAGAGAUUUCGUCCCUUGUGCAUCAGGUUUCCCUGUUUCUCCGACGGAAUGUCAUUUCUGCAUACGCAGGUGAUGAUACGAGCGUAGCUCCCGCUUUCCUUGAGCUUUACGAACAAUUACAAGGCCCUGAUGUUCAGUUAGACGCGCUAUGCUCAUCACUUCAGAAGCUGUACCAUUCUUACUCACAACCUGCACUCGAGAAGCUUUUCAGUCAUGCUCAGCGUUUACUCAAGGUUACGAAACAGACUGAUAGCAUGAAGGUCGGGUUUGAGUGGACUGAGGGUGUCUUGACACAAGCUGUUCAGCAUGGGCAGUGGGUCGUCCUUGACAAUGCCAACUUGUGCAAUCCAUCUGUUCUUGAUCGACUGAACUCACUGACGGAACCGAACGGAGCUCUUAUCCUGAAUGAGCAACGCACCGAGGAUGGAAAUGCUCGAGUUGUGAGACCGCAUCCCAAUUUCAGGCUGUUUCUGACGAUGGAUUCUCGCCAUGGUGAGCUAUCCCGUGCGAUGCGGAAUCGGUGUGUCGAGAUUUGCUUCUUGUCGGAUAGCAGUAAUACUGUCGCUACCUCAAUGCCUGCUUAUACCUAUGAGUCCUCCUUGUAUCGCCUUCGGUCAGUCUGGGACUUGGAUCUUGCUGUGGCUAGCGAAGGAACUACAGACAUUCUGCCUGAAGUGUGCCUUGACCAUCUCUCGAUUGCGGACUUGUCCUAUCUCCAGCGGGCGCUGAAGCUUACGCCUCAAUAUGCCUCGGAUGUUGCAAGGGAACCCUUCUCUUCCGCCGUGGAUCGGUAUGUGUCUGCGAUACAUGCUAAUGCUUCAUGUAAGCCUUUUGAGAGUACCAAGAAAGAAGUCAUGCUGGGUCGUACUUCUUUCGCUAUCCAAGGAAGGUUGCAGCCUCUUCAUCCUCUUGUCAACGAGCCGCUGGCGUCAAUCAUGCACCAAGAGGUGCCUUUCGUGUGGCUCGUGGUUCUCGCCUAUCUGCAAGAGUACAAGCUUGACCUUCAUCGCCUUAGGCAAGGCUUGUUGCGAGCGGAUGAAUCAGGCAAACAGCUCAAGCCAAGUCAGAUGAGCCGCCUUGAACGGUCUCUAGCUUCGGGGAGGAUCCCCUCUUUAAUGAAAGACGCAACGCAGCCUGUUGGCCCAUUCCUGUCUGACUGCGGCCAAGCCAUGUAUGACUUCAUUCAGGCGCUUGACUAUGAUGCCCUUCAUGCCCCUGACAUGGUGCGGGCUCUCCGUGCUAUCGUUGACUUCACCUCAGACAUGUUCACCUUGACUGCCGCAAAUGAAGUGGACCAGGGUGAAUUUCAGAUUUACCUCCAAAUUGGAAAGGAGCUGUGCGCUUCGCUUCUGGACUCUUGGGCUCCAUUAAAGCAGUUGGCUGUCGCCUUCUCUCAAGCGCUUGAUCGAUUCAAAGAGAACUGGUCAUUGACCACAGGACUAAGCAUGCAGCGGCUUUGGGAAUCGUGGAGACCAUCAACGCCCUCCACCCAAGACCAAUUACAAUUGCUGUUAGAGCUAGAAAGCGUUGCUUCUGAAUUCACCCAGGUUGCAACGAAGACUCACUUGGACCUGUCUCAGUUGAGUCAGGUGCGCGAUUCCCUAAUUGGUGGCCAGGAAGCAAUUCUGAACGGUGCCGACGAAGGAUUUCCGAUACAAGGGCUUCGGCAAACAGUCGCAGAAUUGGCCGCUUGCGUACAAGAUACCGAUUCAAGCCAGCGCCCGUAUUUCUCGAACAACUUUGAGGCUUUGUGCCAGUACCAUGACAUCGCAUCGCUUGGCCAGUCCCAGCUUGAUGAUGGCCAGGUGGUUCGAGCUAUUCUGCCAUUACUCGCCGGCCGUGCUGCCCGGCCUCUGGACGGAUCGAGCCUGCAGAGCCAAAUUCCUAAUAUUCUUCACAAGCUUUCCCUAUUUUCAGGAUCUGAGCACUCGGUGUUCGGCUCGGCUAUCAGCGGCAAUAUCUCUCUAUCGCUGCUGGAAAGGUUAGCUUUUAUCGGCUCUACAAGCUUGGGCCAGAUGGAUGCCCUAGAGGUAGAAAAGAAGACUCUUUCCAAGGCGUUGACUCUGACAAGUCGAGAGAUCGGCUUGGACCAAUUCAAGCGUCUCCGUCAGGUCAUGGCGAGGCUGACUAUCGAGCUGGCCUUCCUCCACAGAGACUUCUUUGAACCUCAGUCUUUGGAGCAUUUGAUCAUCAUUCUUCGCGCAAUCGAAGAAAAGGGGUCGUAUGAUGGUCCGGCACUGCCUGCAAUUCAUGUGGCCACAAACCUGGCCCAAGAUCAUUACUUCAAGAGAUUCGCAAAGGAGGAUAUCCCAAGGCUGGUUGCCUCACUGGCUGUCGGUGAGAGUCCCGUGGAAAGUACUGGAGUAGCCAUUGUCCAACUAGCUGUCAUCUUUCUACGGCUAUUUGUCCCGGAUAAACCGUUUGACCCUUCUUUGGGCUUGGUUGUGCAAAGAAAGCGACACUCGCAGCGUUCCUUGGAACUUACAACGAAGGCCGAAGCGAUUUCUUCCUUCGAGGUUGGCUUCUCGGGCCAGGCGUCCAAUAUUCGACUCGAAUUCUUGCAGAAGGAAUUACAUGAUCUUGGGUCGGCACCCCCUCCCUCUUCUGUCAGCAGACCUCCGAUCUCCGAGAUCAACCUUCUUCACGGAGAAUUCUCCAGUCUGGUAAAUUCAGUGCUUGACCGGCGUCCCGAGGAGAUUGUUUCUGCUGUAAGUGGCAACGGCGACGAGGAUAGCGAAAGACAGCGAAUGAUCGGUCUGCUGCGUGAUAACGUUCGCCAGCUCAGCCACCGCCUGAGUGCCAAUUACCGAUCGUACGACGACAUCACGACACCUGUCGUUCGUUUUCUCCAGAUCCUUGACUUGGGUCUCUACCUUUCUUCGAGCCCAUCUCAAUCCAAUGAUAGCCAGAUACUCAAGGCUGUCAGGGAGACUACCCCCUUCCUUGGAGGAUUGAUUUAUCCCGUCUCAGACUUAAGCCUGCAAAGAUCGGAAGCCAAUUCAACUCUCGAUACCGACCUUUGGUUCCACGAAUUGUCUUCCUUGAGAAUAGCUGAGAAUGCGGAUCCAGGCGUAAUCGGUACUCGAGCUGGACGUGAUACCCUGCGCCGCCUCUUCGAACAGUUCCAUGCUCUGUGGAAAACCAGACUGCGAGAGGAUCAAGAAGAAGAGGCUCGGAAGUCUGAAUUCUACCAUUUUAAGGGUUCUUGGGAGGAUAGUGAAGAGGUGGAUGAAAACGAGCUGCGUCAGCUUUUCCCCACGUACGAAGACGCCGAUGAAGAAGCCCAAGCGCCUGGUCGUUUUGACCCGAAGUCUAUUUCAAUCAGGCUCGCUUCGCUGCACGCAAAACUGUUCCAGUCUGAAAAUCGCGAGGAAGCGCUGUCAGCCUACGUCAAGCAGGCUUCCACAUUACUGGGUUCCACAUGGUCAGACAAUCAUUCCAUGUCGGAUGUCGAUCCUAAGGAUCAGAUCUCCGGUGUUCUCUUGCUUCUAGAAGACUCCAUCAAUACGGGUCAAGGCCAACCAGCAGACAAAUAUAACUUCUACCUGGACGCGAACCUGGCUGAAGCAAAGCGACUGGUGACUUUGACCCUGGCUACGAAGGCUCGGUUCACCCAAAUACAGAAGUCCUGGCCUGAUCAUGCUGUCUUGGAAGAUGUCAUCGUGUGCUGCAGGGAGAUCCUUCAGUUUAAGCACACUGAGCCUGUCGCAAAAUUCAUUACCAAGGUCGAAAAGCUGCACGCGCUUGUUCAUGAAUGGCAGCUUGUAGCAAGCAGAGAGUAUUCAGCGGCCACUGUGUAUGACGACAUCACGGCUAUGAUUAUCAGUUGGCGGCGGCUUGAGCUGUCGACCUGGGCGAAGCUUUUGGACAUCGAGAACGACAAGUGCACCCAGGAUGUGAGCUCAUGGUGGUUUAUCGCCUAUGAGGCGAUCAUUCGGGCCCCGAUCCAAAUCGCCGAAUCCGGUCAAAUGGAGAUGAGCGAGCAUGUCCAGGAGAUCACUGCUACACUGGAGCAAUUUUUCAACACGACGACCCUAGGACAGUACAGCGAGCGCCUCCUACUUGUGAAGAACUUCCAGUCUUUGCUCCGGCUUUACGCCCAGGACUUGCCAUCUUUGGGUCACCUGAUUUCUGCUUUGGACAAUUUCCUUGUGCGUUACAAGCAAUUUGAGCCUUCGGUGCACAAGCUCCUGGCGGAGAAGCGGUCCGCUCUUGAGAAGGAUAUCAAGGAGCAGAUUCUGUUGGCCAGCUGGAAAGAUACAAACAUUGUCGCGCUCAAGGAGAGUUCCCGGCGGUCUCACAACAAGCUGUUCAAGCUGGUCCGCAAGUACCGAGCAGUCCUGGCUCAACCCGCGCAACCCAUUGUGGAACAAGACAUGCCGGAUCAUGAGGAUUCUAGUAUCCCCCAGCAUGAGAUCACCAUGCCUUCAACUGUCUUCCCGGAAGCACUUGCCAUGUGUCAGAAAGAGGAAAGAAUCUGGGCCGAUAGACCCCCUAGAUUCAAGAAUCCUGACGCGACUGCUGGCAGCAUGAUGCAACUGUAUUCCUCGAUUCCCUCCGAAUUCGACAUUGCCGAUGAUCUUGACGGCUUUGUCAAGUAUGUCAUCGAGAGCAUACAGGAGUUCAAGUCGCAAACGCCGAAGACUUUGACCGAGGAGAAUAAGGACGACGUUCAGCACCUCAAGGUCCAAAAGCGCCGGUUUUAUGCGGAUACUUUGCGGCGACUAAUGGACAUGGGGGUGAAGCGUAGUGCAAGUACCAGCCUGAUCGAAACCCAAGCUUCUAUUGCUCAGGUCCUUGCCUCUGUCCCCGCAUUGGAAGCUGACACAGCGCUAUCGCAUCUGACUACAAGCUCCGAUUUGUACUUCCACAAGUUCUUGGACUUGCUUCCUCGCGUUCGCCUAGCAGCGCACAACUACUCGGAAGAUCUCAGCAAUGUGGAAAUAUCCAGAAGCUCCGGAUCUAUGGAGCAUCUGUUAUCCCUUGCCCGGAAGCAGAGAACCUCGAUCUCCCCGGCACUUUCUGCUCUCACGGCACUGCAGUCCACGCUCUUGAAGGUUUCGAACCUCUGGCAUAGCUCUUCGAUCUUCAAGGCUCCCUCUGAGUUCCUAGUGGAGAAAUCGGAAGUAAGUAGGGCAGUGGCAUGGCUGACACCUAUCCUUGGACUAGCUGCCACAGUCGUCAGUCUGCACGCAAAAUUCUCAGGCAUCAGUUCGACCAGCAUUUUACAAAGCCUGCAGGCGUGGAGGGAUACGUUUGACCGUUUGAGAACGUCCUUGGGCAGUCUUCCUGAAUUGCCACUCGGUGUUGCCUCUCAGUUACACAGCGACACGGUGGAAGAGGCUUCCGCGUCUUUUGAAAAGUUGAAUGUCGACCUCACGAGGUGGGCGGAGGAGCGUCCUGAUCUGUCCUUUGUGCUGGGCCAGAUAGUUCCGUGGCUGAGAGCAAAGACUAUGUCCUCUGACAGUGAAUUCGACGAGACCGUCUCUAUCGAGCAGUUCGAUACCGGUCUCGUUGCAGCGGUCGACAAGAUUCUUGUCAGUCUUCAGAAAUUGAAGGAGCUUCCAUCACUGCUUGCUUCUCCCGGCGCUUUGUCGCGGAGUGACGAGUUCUUCGUCAGAGCCUUGAAAGUUCUUCAUAUCUCGGGUAUCACGACCUCUAUCGAGUCUGUGCUCGAGCAAUUGCAGUGUCUCCAAUCCCGCUCGGCUCCUGGCAUUCCCUUCGCCAUCGCACUCGUCGCGAGCUUGCUACCGAUCAUGCACAAGUACUUCCAUAUCUGCAAAGAUGUGGUGGACCGCUACUUGACUGUGCACCGCCAAACCUGCAAAAUGUCCUAUAUUCUUACCAAGUCGUUCGCCCAAAUUGCGUCCGAAGGCUUCUGUAGUCCAGCUGAGGCAUCUACGGAAGAGAGCAAGUCUGGAAAGCUCGAGAGCGGGACAGGUCUCGGAGAAGGAGAAGGAGCUGAAGACAUCAGUAAAGAUGUUGGAGAUGACGAAGACUUGUCGGAGCUUGCUCAAGAGCAGAAGGGCGAGUCUACCGAAGACAUUGAAAACUCCGAAGACGCCGUGAAUAUGGACCAGGAGGAGAUGCAGGGCGAAGAGGGCGAGCGGAAAGAAGGCGAUGAAGAAGACGACGAAAGCGGCUCUGAAGAGGAGGGUGAUAUCGAUGAGGAGGUCGGCAGUGUCGAUGAUCUGGAUGCCUCGGCGGUUGACGAGAAGAUGUGGGAUGGUGAACACGACGAGCAGCAAAAGGAAACGGAGACCGAUCAGGGCAAGGGAGUGUCUGAAUCCGACGAACAAACCGCAGCAGGCGAGCAGGAGAAAGAGAAAGAAAAGGCUCAAGAAGGCGAGCAGGGAGAAAAGGACGAGGACGCGGAGGAAGAGGAAGACGAAGAAGGAGAAGAGAAGCCUGACGAAGAGGGCGAAGCCGUGGGACGUGAGGACAUGGAUGUGACGGAUCCACAUGCAAAGGAAGAAGAAGCACUCGACCUUCCCGACGAGAUGCAACUUGACGGUGAAGAGAAGGGCGAUGAAGGUGAAAGUGAUGAUGGCCUUGAUGACGGUAUGGACGACGACCUUCCUCCUGUGGAAGAUAACGACGAAUCAAUGGAUGGAAAAGACACUGCCGAGGACGAGGCGAUGGAAGGUGUUGAGGAGCAGGAGCCUGAGCAAACGGAGGAGGGCAUGCCGGAUGAGGAGGCAAUGGAGACCAAUGAAGGCGAGGGCAACGAGGAGACGAACGAGGCUGGCGAGGAGGCCGAAGAAGAGGAGAAGGAAGACUUCCUGGCCCAGCGCGACGAGAAUGAGAUGGCUGGAGAAGAGGUGGCCCCCAGUGAGGCUGUCAAUGGUGGUCUCGGGGCCGACCAAGACCAGAACCAGGACAAGGGUGAAUCGGGCAACGCUCAGCAAGAGAGUGGUUCGACAGACCCCUCUACCGAGAAAGAGCAGAAGACCGGUGCGGCCCAAGAGGGAGACGAGAACCAACGACACAACGAUGAAGGUGGAGCGAACGAUGCCAACCCAGAUGAUCCUCAACUUCAGGCAUUCAAGAAGCUGGGUGAUGUUCUCGAGCAAUGGCACCGACGCCAGAAGGAGAUCAUGGAUGCUUCGAAACAGGAGGAGGGCGAGUCUGAGGAGCCCAUGCCCCAGGACACGGAUAUGGCCGACGCCGACUUCGAACAUCUGGCGGACCAAGACGAUGUCGCAGACACCCAAGCCCUCGGCCAAGCCAGCGAGGACCAGGCGAAGGCUCUCGAUCAGAACAAGGGGGUGGAGUCGGACGUCAAACCUGAAGGCAACGACGUGCUGCCGGAUGUCACGGACGACGACCACCAGGACCUUCCCGACAAUAAGCUGGAGGAUGAGAUGCAGUUGGACCAGGGCCUUCCUACCGAGUCUCAAACGGCUGGGGCCAUCAUUCCUGGCAACACCCAUACGCAGGAACGGACCACCGACGCUGCUGGCCAACAAGAAGCAAUCGAUGAACUAGAUGAGGUCGAUGCCCAUCUGGCCGCCAUUCACCUCUCCUCCAACCUCCCUCCCCUGACUCCCCGGGACGAGGCUCAACGUCUCUGGUCGUACUAUGAAUCGGCCACCACUGACCUGUCUCUGUCUCUGACCGAACAGCUCCGCCUCAUUCUGGCGCCGACGCUCGCCACUAAGCUACGGGGUGAUUUCCGGACCGGAAAGCGCCUCAACAUCAAGCGGAUCAUCCCGUACAUCGCCUCCCAGUACAAGCGCGACAAGAUCUGGAUGCGGCGCUCCAUCCCCUCCAAGCGCAACUACCAGAUCAUGCUUGCCGUCGACGACAGUAAAUCCAUGCUCGAAAGCGGCAGUGGUCAGCUUGCCUUUGAAACCCUCGCGCUUGUCGCGAAGAGUCUGAGCAUGCUCGAAGCCGGAGACCUGUGCGUUCUCGGCUUCGGUAACGAGGACCACGUCCGGGUUGCGCACGAGUUCGGCAAGCCGUUCUCCUCGGAAGCCGGCACCCAAGUCUUCCAACAUUUCAGCUACCAGCAAACCGGCACCAACGUGCGGAAGCUGAUUGCCGACUCCAUCGCCCUCUUCCGCGAAGCCCGCUGGAAGCAAUCCCCUGGCAGUGGCAACGCAGACCUCUGGCAACUGGAACUGAUCAUCUCCGACGGUAUCUGCGAAGACCACGAAACCAUCCAACGUCUGGUCCGUCAGGCUCAAGAAGAGCGCAUUAUGAUUGUCUUCAUUAUCGUCGAUGCCGUCAAGGGCAGCUCCAUCCUCGACCUCAGCCAGGCUAGCUUUGAGGCGGAUGAGAGCGGUUCGGGCGAAAUGAAGUUGAAGAUGAAGAAAUAUCUCGAGGGAUUCCCCUUCCCUUACUACCUUGUUGUGCGAGAUGUACGGGAGUUACCGGCUGUUUUGGCUACGGCGUUGAAGCAGUGGUUUGCUGAGGUUGUUGAUGUGUCGUCUUGAUGGGUGUAGAGAUAUUAUGUGAUUAUGUGAAAAGUUAGGAUUUUGUUAUGAUUGUAUAUAUCGAUUUGCAUUAGACAAGAAUUUCACCGUUU